AUGACACACAUAUUGCUCCUUGCCCUUUUCCUUUAUCAUCUCCUACUCAGAAUCUUUCUCUGGCUCUAUCUGCAGCUCAAAAAAGCCCAUACACUGUAUGUCAGAGCAAAUGGUUUCAGCCACAAGAACCAUUCAUGUGGAAGAUGCACCUCUAUUACUCACUGCAAGCUGUCAGAUGAAUACCCAGCUCACUUGACAAUUUCCGCUCACACUGUUGUAGCACACACUGCCAGCUCUUGCAGAAGCAAUGUGAGGCUCAACUCUGCACAAAACCAUCAGUUCAAGGGACAAAAAUUGGUUGAUUUACUCAUUGAAGUAGCUAAGGAUUUCUAUCAAGAGGGUAACUUCCAGCUUCACCUGAUGCUCAAUCACCCCAAAUCAGAUCUAAAAUUUGAUUGA